AUGCAGUGUGGUGGAGGCUACAGUAUGCAGUGUGGUGGAGGCUACAGUAUGCAGUGUGGUGGAGGCUACAGUAUGCAGUGUGGUGGAGGCUACAGUAUGCAGUGUGGUGGAGGCUACAGUAUGCAGUGUGGAGGAGGCUACAGUAUGCAGUGUGGUGGAGGCUACAGUAUGCAGUGUGGUGGAGGCUACAGUAUGCAGUGUGAGGGAGGCUACAGUAUGCAGUGUGAGGGAGGCUACAGUAUGCAGUGUGAGGGAGGCUACAGUAUGCAGUCAAUCAGCACGCAACAAUUUACAGUGUGGGGAACAGACUACAGUCUGCAAUCUACAGUGGCAAGUCCAGCUACAUUAAACGAUAUUUAG